AUGUCUCAAUCAACCUUUGGAGCAUCAUUACCACAAGCUUCCACUUCUUUCGAGUAUUUAAAAUUAUAUGUUUCAUUUCCGACAAGAUCCAUCAAGGUUUUAUGGGUACUGAACGAAUUGAAGCUUCCUUUGAAAUUCCAAUACAACAGUCAACCAGUCCAUGUGGAAACGCAUACGACUCGUAUUACAGAUUCUGAAAACCAUCUUCCAACGAUCGAAGUGAAUUUUCUGAAUUUAGAAAAGGGAGACCAUCUCCAUCCAGAAAUGAAUCCUCAUCCAUUCCUCAAAGUUCCAACUCUUGUUUUCAAAUUGAAAGGAAAUCAUGAAGAACAAGCUCUAUUUGAAUCGAAUGCAAUUAUUUUCUUCUUACUAGACCAUUUUCAACAACAUUCUAAAUUGACACAAUUACAAGACAGCCAAUCCAAUGCCAACCGAUACAAGUAUGUGUUUUGGACAAAUUCUUCCUUUGAAAUCGAAGCUCAAGCGCCAAUCAAGUUAUUCAAAGCACUUGUUCAAAAAAAGAAUUUAAACAUGUCGACAAAAAGUCAAUUAGUACUUUCACAAGAGGAACAAGAAGAGUUUGAUGAAAAGGCAAAAAUAAUUUCACAUCAAUACUUACCCUAUUUAGAAAAGGAACUUUCUCAAAGAGAUUCAUCAUGGAAUUAUUUAUUAGGAAAUGAAUUCGAUGUGGCUGAUAUUUGUAUUGGUUUUUGUUUGAGCGGAAUAGAUACGUGCAUGUUGUUGAAAGAAUCAGUUCAUCCCAAAUGCUUUGAAUAUUUUCACAAAUACAUUCGAUCCAGAGAGAGUUUUCAAUGGACCAUGAAACAAUUAAUGACAUUAUACAGCAAGAAUUUUGAGAGUGAAUCAAUGAAAUAG